CCCGGGCGAUGAUGCCAAGGGAGGACGGGCUAACCCCAGCAAGCCGUGCAUGUAUGUAUGUGUGUGUGUGUGAGUGUGUUGGGGAGUUACACAACCAGUCAGGACAGAUUGCGUGCUGCAAAUGUGAGUUUUCCCCAAGUAAGCCAAAGCUCCCGUCUGUCUUUCUCCACCUCUUACUGGGACCAACCCCGUCGUCUUAUUUUUCAUUUUUAAAUUUUUUGGGCGCCCCUUCAAGUGCCCUCACUGUCACCACUUUCUGGAGACGUUUCCCUCCGCCCUUCCUUAAGCAAUUUUUGUUUUUAUUACGACUGUUGUUGUUAUUCUGCUUGGGAAGGCGAGAAUCGAAAAGAUGAUAUGUGGUUCCUUCUCCUGGAGGCUGGCACCAGAACUGAGGACCCUCGCUGCUGUUGGUCGGGCAUCUUCUUAGAAGAGAAGCUGGAACUCUGUAUUGUGUAAACGAGCUGAUGGACGAAGAUGAGAAGGACAGGGCAAAGAGGGCAUCGCGCAACAAGUCAGAAAAGAAAAGAAGAGACCAAUUCAACGUCCUUAUUAAGGAACUAUGUACCAUGCUGCAUGGCCAUGGGCAUCCACUCAAGAUGGACAAAUCCACAAUACUGCAGAGGACCAUCGACUUCUUACAAAAACAGAAAGAAAUCACAGCACAGACUGAGGCCUGUGAGAUCAGGCAAGACUGGAAACCUUCAUUUCUUAGCAACGAGGAGUUCACUCAGUUGAUGUUAGAGGCAUUAGAUGGUUUUCUCAUUGCACUUACCACUGAUGGGAUUAUUAUUUAUGUAUCUGAUAGUGUCUCUUCUCUUCUUGGGCAUUUACCGUCAGAUUUGGUGGACCAAAAUAUAUUAAACUUUCUGCCUGAGCGUGAACAGAGUGAUGUGUACAAGCUGCUUUCUCCACACAUGCUCAUGACAAACGCUGUGGCGACAGAUUUCCUGAAUGCUGAAAAACAGAUAGAAUUUUGUUGUCAUUUAGCCCGAGGAAAUUUAGAUCCAAAUGAACCCAUUACAUAUGAAUAUGUGAAAUUUGUAGUGGAAUUUAAAUAUUUUACUAAUGUGCCUACAUCUUCUUACAAUGGCUUUGAGUCUGCCAUUGCGCGAGCAUUCCGAUCAGCCAACGAAGAGCAGAUCUGCCUAGUAGCAGCAGUUCGUCUCGUCACUCCACAGUUCUUGAAGGAACUUUGCAAUGUGGAAGAACCUUGUGAAGAAUUCACAUCAAGGCACAGCCUGGAAUGGAAAUUUUUGUUUUUAGACCACAGGGCCCCACCUAUUAUAGGUUAUUUACCCUUUGAAGUGCUUGGGACUUCCGGUUACGACUAUUACCAUGCAGAUGACCUGGAACUUCUUGCUCGGUGCCACGAACACUUGAUGCAGUUUGGAAAAGGCAAGUCCUGCUACUACAGGUUCUUAACCAAAGGCCAGCAAUGGAUAUGGUUACAAACACAGUACUACGUCACUUAUCAUCAGUGGAACUCCAAGCCUGAGUUUAUCGUGUGCACCCACACGGUUGUUAGUUAUGCUGAGGUUCGAGCUGAAAGAAGAAGAGAUCUUGGCCUUGAAGAGUCAUCCAUUGAACUAGCAUCUUCGUCUUUGAAGAGUCACGGUAGCUACAUUGAUAUCCGGCAAUGUGUAACCAACCAAGAAGCCAGCCGGGAAAGGGUGUCGGUGUCAUCUCAUAGCUCUCGGCGAUCCUCCCACACGGCACUCUCGGACUCUGCAUCCACGUCAUCUAUACGGCACACGGAUGCCAGCACCCCUACUAGGCAGUCAUUACCGAUGGGCCAAUCGGACAAAGCACCUCUAAGACUUGCCUCAAGUAGCAGCACACAGGGUAUUAUAACUCCUCAGACGCCCACUGAACAUCUCACACAGCACCAUAUGGCACAGACGAUUGUCCCAGCCCAGCAAGCAGUUAUGCCAGUGUAUCACUUCCCAACUCAGAUAGGGAUGAUGCAUCAUUUGAAGGAACAGCUUGAGGAGAGAACGCGCAUAUUGCAGGCUGACAUCAAGACGCAACAAGAGGAACUGCAUGUGAUCAAAGAGCAGCUGCAGCUGGUGCAGGACUCCAAUUUGCAGAUGCUGAUGCAACAGCCUAUGCCCAUGGUCUUCAGUGGUGUGCAACACCAGAACCCGAGGAGGCCUUCCCAGCAACAAGCAGCAACAGUUGCGAGCAGACCAGCCUCAUCAAAGAAAUCCCAGCAGCAAGGCCUUAUGGGAUCAAAGCAGUUCUGCAGCCCACACCUGGCAUCGCCUCAGCAAUUCCUCAGGGACCCUUGUGUCACAUCAUCCCAGGUGCAGCAGCAGCAGCAGCAAAAGCAGGCCAUGAGAGGAAAGCAGCUCCAGCAGGCCUGCUUGCCAAUGCAGAUGAGCAUUGCGAUGCCACUGUACAACAACCCAAUGGUGUUCUCUCAAGCCUCUACUCCAAUGUCAGCUGAAAUUGGUGAAAGGCAACAGCAGUCCGAUUACAACCAAGAUCGGACUCUAAGAUUUGCUCCGGAGCAGCAAGGGCUGCCUGCUGCAAUACAGAUGCAGCCAAUCACAUGCGCCACCACUCCGUCACCUGUCUUCACCUCCUCUGUUAUGAUUCCACGCACCAACAUUGCCCCGCAGCAGAACCACCCUCCUCCCAGCACCCUCCACCAGUGGCAACCGGGGCCAGUUCAACAGCAUCACCUCUAUCUUCAGAUGCAAGGUGCAGCUGAGCCGGGCCAGAACCAGCGCCUGUUCCAGCAACAUCAUGUACCGCCGCAGAAUGCCACCAUGGGGUAUUUCCACCACCCGCAGCCGCAGAGCCAGCACCUGCAAGGCCAGCCUUGCAGUUUACAAGACCUGCCUGAAAUGCAGCUGCCUUGAGGCCUUGGUGGUGGCAAUCUUGGGGGUAGCGGCUGUGCUGAGCAGAAGUGAGUGGAUGGAGGGGCAAAGCACAGAGGAGAUGAAGGUCCUUCUUCCCUGGUACGCCUGGAAGGUGAAGAACAUGCCAGAGCCAGGGAAGGCCCUGGCCGGAGUAGAGAGCAGUUUCUUGCACUUACUUGGAAGGAAAAGAAACAAAGGAACCACCCAGGAGCGACACGACUCCAGCAAAGUGGGAUCAAAAGCCAAGCCUGGCAUUUCUUAACCUCUUAAACUGUGUGCAGCUGGAACAUCUCAUCUGUACAUCCUGUGGCUAGAGAUGGGGAUGAGUGGAGCCUGGGGGGCAAGGCUGAUUUAUUUUUGGAUGCUUCCAUCUGCCAGGAAAGGUUCACUGGCAGAUAGGGUUCCUUGCUCACCUGCAAUAAUUAAAACAGUGACGAACUUACCUUGCCCAAGUGAGGGGGAAAGAAUUAUUUUUCAGGAGAGCAGUCACCUUUGUGUGCUGCAAAGCCAUAUAUAUGAAUAUUAGUUAUAUUUAUAAAUAUGGUAGAUGGAAUUCUAGCCUGCAGGUUUUUUGUUAAACAUUUUUUUUAGUAAAGUUUACACGCUGGUGCGUUAUGCGGCAGAAAACUACAUCCCUGUGCAGGAGGCAGCCAAGUCUUAUUUUUUCCUUUUUCUAAAACAACCAUUGCUGAAAAUCACUGUGAACACAGAUGGAACUGUAAGCAUCAACCCACGACCAUAUAACCUUUUUCUUUUGUGGAUGUAUUUGUGUAUAUACAGAUUUCAUUUUUGUGUAGUAGUUCAUGUGUGGGUUACUGAACAUAUUCCCCAGCAUUCUAUCCCAUUACCCAACCAUUUCCCUAUAUGUGAAUCCCAUAGUUUCUUUGGAUAAUUGGGUAAUGCUGCUGCUGUUUAUGACACCACUCUUGCCUGAAUUUCUUCUUUUUGCACCAGCCCCUUUCACUGUUAAAGAGUUAUGAGAAUUAUGAUGUGUCUAAGAGUUUCUCCUAUUUUGUUGCAAAGUCCAGAUAUAUAAACCUACCUAUUUCUACUGCCCAUUUAGCCAAAUAUAUAUAUAUUUUUCAGGAGGUGAAAGAAAGAGAUCCUUCCCUUUCUUUCUCCCUGUGUCUAUCCAAUGAACCUUUCUGUGGGGGAGGUAUCUUGAUGCCCAAAGACAAAAGCAAACUUUGUGGUUUUGCUACUUAGUACGGUAGGUAGAAUUUGGCAAAGUGGAGUUUCUACCUAAACAAGGAUACCUACGAUGUUACAAGUCAGUAGCGUUAGCAAUAAAUUGUAUUUUUUUAAAUGGUCACUUUAAGUGUGUUUAUAUAUUUAUGAACGUUUUCUUAAAAAAAGAAUAUAUUCUUCAGUAGGUGUGUAUACCAAAGUGUCCCCUACUGUUUUGUGUGUUUCCAAAGGAAAAUUUAUACUUAAUUAAUUGUUAGGGGCAUUUUUUGUUUUGUUGUGUUUUUGCAAAUGUAAGUGUGCUCGACUUGUACAUUUUUUAUAUGCUGGGUGCAGAAGGCAACUUUCACUAAAACUUUUUUUAAAGAAGAAAUGAGGUUGCAUUUAGGGAUCUGGUUAACAACAACAACAACAACAACAUCCACCUGUUGCUGGAUGUUAGGAAGAGGGUUUUUCUACCUGCAACAUCAGAGUAGAUUCAUUUAUUAAAAGUUCAGGGCCAUAACGUCAAUGAAUAACAAAGCUACAAUCAUUUGAAGCAUAGUAGCUCUGUAUUCUGAAGACUCUCAGGCAGCACUAGAGAUCAAUCACUGUGUACAAAGGGUCUUCUUUUUCCCUUUACUUACCAGUAUUGUUAAUUCUCGAAAACUGAUGUGCAAACACACACACACCCCUAAAAUGUCACAUGCCGUUAGAAAGUGUACAGGUGUUAUUUGGUUGCUUUAAUUGCAAUACAUAGUCCAAACCUGCAGAGAGUCUACUGGGGGAAAGUGGCGUUCUCAGCUUGUCCUGUGUCUUUUAAGAGGAGAAUGUAAAGCAUUUAAGAGGAGCUUGGAACCAUCUUGCUUUCAAGUGUAAUGCACAAUGUAUUGCUUUGCAUUAGGAAAAGAUGGGUGGGUACAUAAAGGAGAGCUUAGAUCUCUCUCCAGUUCAUUUCCCCCAGUCAAUCUAAGGAAGGAAAGGCAAAGCAGUUGCUGGAGCUUCCUCUGGCUGGUACUUCCAAGUUUUUAGUGUCCCUCUCUUCUCCACCAAAGUGUAUGUGUGAGAACGGAAAACACAAUAAAUCUGGAACCAGCUUCUCUGUUUAGUCCUUGGCAGGCCCAGGGCACAGUAGACACCUAGGCCAAAAUGCCAGUUUAGAAAACAAAGAAACAGCAUUUCAAAGAACGUAGAAUAUGGUUUUCUUUAUCCCCUUGGUAACUGCAGGGGGAAAGGCUGGAGCAACUCUAGGCAUGCCAUUAUUUCUCUGAUAGCUGCUCCUCCACCCCAGCAAAAUGUUGAGGCUUGCAACCAGCUACAGAGAGCCUGUUUCAAAUGUUCGGAUUCGUGGCUUUUAUUUUUUUAAAAAUAAUGUAUGUAUUAAUCACAUGCAAGAAACCUAAAUGAAAACGCACUAAGCACCAACAAUGUCAGCUAGUCUGCCAUUUCUUUGAAAAAAGGCGUAGGAAGGCAUUAUUAAACACCAGCUGUCUAAAAAGGGUUUCACAUGUGGGCACUGUAAUGUUGUGCUGGUCUCUGCCAACGAGCUCAGCACUGAUGCUCAUUUGUUACAACUACAGAUGCAAUGGAACCAAGGCAUUAUUAGACCAGGGUUUGGAACACAGUGGCCCUCCAGCUGAUGUCUGACUCCAGCUCUCAUUAGCCCCAGCCAUGCAUGAAGGGAAUUGCAGUUACCGGUAUUACAACCUCCGGGGAGUCAAAGGUUAGCCACCCAUUAUUUAAAGCCGUGUCUAGUUCUAAAUGGGCACCACAGCCAUUUCAAGUUCUCUCCCCUCUCUAACCUGGAAUAGGGUCACUUUGCUCCUGUAAGUAACUGGCUUUUGGUAGUGCUAGCUCUCCCUUUAGAAAAUGCUACUGAAAUCAUCCUAUACAGGGGGAGAAAGUUUCCAGUGCCAGGCACAAGGCAUCUGCUUGAAUCACAGAAUUACAGAGGUGGAAGCAACCUUGAGGAUCACCUAGGAAUUUGCAGCUGGAUCAAACCUGCAGCCUCAGCAUUAUCAGCAACAUGCUCUAACCAACUGAGCUAUCCAGCUGAGACGGGAGACAUCAGUAGGAUUGCUUUUAAGAGGGGAGGGGUGUACAUUAGCUGCACACCCAGUUCUGCUGUGUACUUGUAUCAGUAGUAAUGUCAAGGCCACAGUAAUCGUCCAGUCCCCCGGCAUUCCAGUGGGAUGAAUCCACUCCCAAGAGUAGUGGUAUCAACACUUUUGGUGCAAGUGAAGGAGAAUCCUCUGUCACUCUUAUGUCCUUGUCACUUUGAGCACAGGGGCGGCAGUCCUUUGGGGAAACCCUGCAGAGGUUGUUGACUCUAGCUGCCAUCAUCCCUAGUCAACACAGACAAUAGUUGGGGAUGCACAGCCUCUUUCAUAGAAACACGCCAGUUACCUUUCUCCUCCUCCCCUCCUCUCCCUUCAUGCACUUUAGAACACCUUGGGGGGAUCAACUUUAAUACAUUUGUCAACGUGUCAUCCUUCCCCACUUCCACUGAUAUUUUUUUAGCGAGUCAGACUCAGUAGAGGCUGUGGAGAAGAGUGCUGUACGCCCUCUCUGGCAUCUACAGCUGGCUCUUUGUCUCUCUUGGAAGGCACUUUGGAAUUUGAGAGACAAGAGGGAGCUCCUCAUGCAAACCUAGUAAGUGGGAGAGCUUGACUGUCUUAUUUUAGCUGUUUGUACUCAAAACUUUAAAUCCGGACUUUGUGGAGAAGAUUGGGCAUUUUGGUUAACAAAAGUAUUUUUGGAAAACGCCCCAAAGAGAGCCAACAUGGUUUGGCAGGUCUGAGGAGGAUUAAUUCAGCCUUGCAGGGCAUUUGGUUCCCCCCCUCUUUUUGAGCCUGAGUUAUGCCCAUUUCCCCACAGCUAUACAGUCCUAUAUGAGACUAGUUUGUGGUGUGCUGUGCUUUAGAAAGCCCUUAGUAUGGCAACCACGUGCACUGGGGAAGAGAUAUUGUUUUACACUGGGGAAAGGUAAAACCAUGCACUUUAUUAGUAAGGAUCUGCUUCCUUCAUAAAACGUUAUGUUGCGCGAGGUGGGAAGGUGUUGAUUCAUCCCAUGCACUGUUCAGGGGUGGAAGAAACGGUAUGCCAAAAUGCACAUUCCAUUUUAUUGUGAAGUUUGAACCAGUUCUCCCCAUCUCCUGACAAGAGAGAGAGAAGGGGCCAAGAUCUGGCACCUUCCCUUCAGUGUUUCUGCAGUGCCUUUCUUAGGCAAUUGCCUAGGUCAGCUCUGCGCUGGGGACUUUGGAUUUAGCUGCCACCCACCUUCAAGGUUGUUUUCUUUCUCCCCAUCCCAAAACAGAUAUAUAUAUAUUUUAAAUGAUGCUAUCCAAUGGUUUACCUCUGUGUUAUGGGAGAGAAGAGUUUGGAAUUGGAUAGUUAAUUAGCCAGGCGAAUCCAAGUGGACAGUUCUACUGGUCAACAGUUCCAUAUUAGAUAUAAUGGGCCCAUGGACUCUUUGCUGGUGUUUAUUUACAACUCUGGCUCAAGAGUUUCCCAUGGCACCUCGAAAUACAAAUGUGAGAAGGCUACAGCCUCAUUUUGAUGUAUAAAGCGGAUUUGUUAACGCAAUUCCAAGCUUCAGAAAACACAGGCACAUUUCUGAAGCCUUGCACUUUUAAAUGCAUUUUGUGUGUGUAUAUAUAUAUAGAUAAUAAAUAUAUAUAAGCCAACGGCUGGUUGAUCUGGCCAGGUUUGGUUUGUCAGAUACAGAUUCUUCUAACGUACGUUGUCUAUAUUGUGGCAUAUUAACUAUGUAAACAAAAAACAAAAAACCACACAUGAAAAGAAAGGACAGAAAUGAAAAGAUUUUUAAAAAGCAGCAAAAGCCUUAGAAUUGAUUAUUUAGUUUAUUUUAUAUGAUGUCAAAGAUAGAUACAUUUAUAAAUGUUGCUAUUCAUAAAAGUAUUUUGUAAAAUGGGCAGGGAGGGGGUGAGGAAGUGUCUUAUGGGGGCAUUUAAGAAUUCUAGCCUGGAAUACGCGCACGGUUGUGAAGGUCCAUUGGCCAAGAAUCAACAUGUCUCCCAUGUGCUUUAACAGAUUUGUACAUAGUAUUUUGAAAGAAAAAAUAAAACUGUACUUUUAUGAACUCUUA